GAGCCGCUCGCGUCUGUACCUCUGUUUUGAUCCGCUGUCUCUCUGUAGGUGGUGCAACAUCGAUGGGUACGCUUUUGUUUUUAUGCUAAUAUUUCCUUUUACAAACUGUGGGGCUUUUGUCCAACGCUCAGGUUUAUAUAGGGGGAGAAUGAUGACACAAGUGUUUAUGUGUGGUUGAGAAAGCGCACGCCGAACCCGUGUUACUAUAGACCCUCUUGAACUUGUGUAAGCGUCUGCCAUGAGUUGUUUGGAUGUUAUGUAUCAUCAGAGUUAUGGGGCUCAUCAUUACUUGCCCGCGACAUCAGCAGCGGCGGCAGCAGCAGCAUACAAAGCGGCAUACUAUCAUCAUCAUCACCACCAGCAGCAACAGCAGCAGCAGCAGCAGAAGAAGUUUGGUGUCUACAGCAGGAUGCAUGAUUCUGAGGAGUUUCACAAGCAGCUGGGAGCAGUGAAGCCCCGUUCUGAGCCUGAGCUCCAGAGUGAGGAUGAGCAGAAUUCUGGGGAAGAGGAGCGCUGUAAGGAGGCGCAGCCUGCCGAGGCUGAGUACUUGAGUUCCAGGUGUGUGGUGUUCACCUACUUCCGUGGGGACAUCGGGGAUGUAGUGGAUGAACAUUUCUCCCGUGCUUUGAGCCAGCCCAGCGCCUUCACCAAUGAAGUGAAAACCAGCAAGCUUCCCACUGGAGGACCAUGGAAAGAUGGAGGCUCCCACUCUGAGGGUCAGUGUGGAUCUAUAUCAUCAUCCUUGUGGGGUAGCGGCUACCCAACUCAGACCAGUCCUUGUGUCCCCUCCCCUCACUCUGACUUCCCCCACACCCCCGCCUUCCACCUUUCCGACACUGGCCUCUGGAGUAACCACAACCUUGUGCAGACCGGUCUACCCCCUUCUUCUGUGCUUACUGAUUCUUGGCACUAUGGCCUGGGAGCCCAGAGUGGAGCGGGAUACCCCCACAUACAUGAGAUGUACCCUCACAUGCAUCCAAGGCACUCGCAUCCACAUUCCCAUGCCCACCAUGUGCUCCAUCACGCUCACAGCCCUGCUCUGGACCCUCGUUUCAGCCCCCUUCUGUUACCUGGUGUCAGAGCGUCUUGUAGCCCCUCUACCUGCACAGAUGGAAUAAAGACAGAGUUGGAGCCAAGUAGAAUCCCGACGCCUAGCUGGCCUGCUUCGUUCCAUGGGUCAGUGGAUAUCUAUGACACAGCACUCGAGCAAGAUAAAGCAAAGGCCAGUGUUUGGUUCUGAAACAGAGAGAGGAUUAAUUGGGACUACAUGCCUUAGACAGGGCCAGUUCUGAAAUUGGGGCCCACGAUACUGCAUGUGGAAUCUUUCCCAGGGUUUUCUGAUUUCUUGUGAACUAUUGACAUGGAGCUAAAUCUCUAUCAGUGAGGCAAGUGUACCAUCAUGUCUGAGUUUGUGCCCUUAAUGUGUUCUCGACCCAAAGUCGAUCCCAUUCUAGAGGACUGUCUCCCAUCUGGGCUAUUAAAGAUCUCUGCCAUAAAGGAUGCUACACAUCCCAGUUGAGGUUUAAGAGGUAUAUCUCCCUCUUUCUUUAUACAAAAGAGGUUUUCUGUGUUGUUUAUACUUUAGAACUGCAUUUAUGUACUUAUCACAGGUUCUGUUGAAAGAAUCGAUUGUCUUGGUGCAGUAAAAGCAGUAAUGUUUGAAUGUUUGAGAACCAUUGUUUAAAUAAAAUCUUUAUUUACUUUAAUAUAUUUGUCUAAAGUAGUCUUGUGGUUUUACUGAUUUGUACUUUCUGUUCAUAUUUGUGUUAAUUGAUUUUUAUUUUACAUAGUGAAUUGUCAUGCCUUUGGGGAACAAGUGAUAAGUUUACUGCUAAAACUGAACUGCUAAGUUUUAUUGGCAAACAAUCUGUUUUAUUUUGAUGCAUUGAUUAAAUCAUUACAAUGAUUACUGU